UCCCUCCCUCCCAUCCCCCCCUCCCCGAGACCCACCGGACCCCGAAGCCAGGGUGGCGUGUUCCAGUCUCCCCAGUCCUGACCCCGGCAUCAUGCAUCGGACUACACGGAUUAAAAUCACAGAGCUGAACCCUCACCUCAUGUGUGCCCUCUGUGGGGGCUACUUCAUUGAUGCUACUACUAUCGUGGAGUGCUUGCAUUCUUUCUGCAAAACCUGCAUUGUGCGCUACCUGGAGACCAACAAAUACUGCCCCAUGUGUGAUGUGCAGGUCCAUAAAACCCGACCGCUGUUGAGCAUCAGAUCCGACAAAACCCUUCAGGACAUUGUCUACAAGUUGGUACCUGGGCUGUUUAAAGAUGAGAUGAAACGGCGUCGGGACUUCUAUGCAGCAUACCCCCUGACAGAGGUCCCCAAUGGUUCCAACGAGGACCGUGGCGAGGUCCUAGAGCAGGAGAAAGGGGCUCUGGGCGAUGAUGAGAUUGUCAGCCUCUCCAUUGAAUUCUACGAAGGAGUCAGGGACCGGGAGGAGAAGAAGGGCCUGAUGGAGAAUGGGGAUGGGGACAAGGAGAAGACAGGGGUGCGCUUCCUGCGAUGCCCGGCAGCCAUGACCGUCAUGCACCUUGCCAAGUUCCUCCGAAACAAGAUGGAUGUGCCCAGCAAAUACAAGGUGGAGGUUCUCUAUGAGGAUGAGCCCCUGAAGGAAUAUUACACCCUCAUGGACAUCGCCUACAUCUACCCCUGGCGGAGGAAUGGGCCUCUUCCCCUUAAGUACCGUGUCCAGCCAGCCUGCAAGAGGCUCACCCUGCCCACAGUGCCCACUCCCUCCGAGGGCACCAACACCAGUGGGGCAUCAGAGUGUGAGUCAAUCAGCGACAAGGCUCCCAGCCCUGCUACCCUGCCAGCCACCUCCUCCUCCCUGCCCAGCCCUGCGACCCCCUCCCAUGGGUCUCCCAGCUCCCAUGGUCCCCCAGCCACCCACCCCACCUCCCCAACUCCGACUUCAACCACCAGUGGGACCAACACAACUAAUGGGGGCUCCUCGAACUGCCUGCAGACGCCAUCCUCCACCAGCAGGGGGCGCAAGAUGACUGUUAACGGAGCUCCUUGCCCCCCUUAACUUGAGGAAAGGGGACCCUUUGCAGCCACCUCUAUGUCCCCACAUUUUCUGGGCCCCUUUUUCCAUCUGUUUGACUUUACCCAGUUCCUCCCAUCUUAGGGGUGGGAAGUGGGUUUUAUAAAUAAAUCUCUCUAUAUAUAUGUACAUAGGAAAAACCAAAUAUACAUACUUAUUUUCUAUGAACCAAUCAGAUUAAUUUAAAUGCCACAGGAAACAAACUGUAUGUGUGUGUGUAUGUAUGUGUGGGGGUGUUCAUGUCUUGGAGAGGUCUUGUGUAAUUUGCUCUGCUCUUUUGGGGGGUACCUGGUGGUCUUGAGGUCACUGGAGGCAGUAAAGCCCUAAUCAGUGUUCCCUCUGCUUCCCAAGGUAGAGGGGAUAUUGGGGCUCCUAGUCCUAGCUGACUGGAUAUGGAAUCCACCAUUUGUCUAUCCAUCUUGGCUGUUCCCUGCCCCUGUCCAAGGCCCCCCAUCAUUGAAUGUUCAGAGAAUUGCUAAGAUAGUGCCUUUUACAAGUGCAGUUUGUCCCCUGGCUCUGAGGCUGUGGAGAAGGCAUCUCCCUCACCUCCUUGGACAGUGGAAACUUUGUGCAAAGAAUAUAUAGUUCUGCCUCCCUGCCCUGUCCCCUUUUUUCUUAUUUGGCUUUUGCAUUGUUUACCUUGUGGAAGAGAUGAUUGAGGCCAUAGGAGGCCCCAGCCCUGCAAAGUCCAUGUGUGACCCUGGCAUUGUGAAGCAAUGACUGGAGGUAAAACUCACUGGGGGCCUGGAGUGGAGAGGUGACUAACUUUAGACAAGCACAGACCCAAGUUUUGCCAAAGUCCCAACAGCCCUCCAGUCCACUUCCCCACCCCCAGCUGAGGCCGAGCCAGGAUAGAACAGAGGCAUCUAGAAGCACAAGAAAACAAAGUGUAAGCUGACCCGGACUCGAUCUGAGAGGGUAGUAGACCACCCUUGAGCGGCAGACCUUGGCCAUCUGGUUUUCCUCAAAUGUACAUAGAUCUGGGGAAAUUGAGGAUGCCGAGGCUCUUGGCCCAGGUAUGUAGGGUUGAGCUCCCAUGGGUCUGCUUGCACCUUGUCCUGAGUCUAAGGUUGUGUGACCAUAUCCUGCCCUGGGUCAUUUGUAUCUCUUGGCUUUGUAAUAAAUGCUGCAUACUCUC